AAGGAACCAUUAUCUGCUAUCUAGAAUGUAUGUACAUUAUAAAGUACAUUAUUUUUAUCAUUUGAUAGAUCUUUCUUUAAGCUAGAUGGUUCAUUUGUUUUCCAUAUGCCAUAUCAUCAUCAUGAAGAAAAUAUACUUAGCUGUUUUUGCUAGUAAUGUAGGUAUGAUUUCACAUGGUUUAUUCUUUGGCUGGCCAUCGCCUUCAUUGUCUCUUUUAAUGCAAAAUAAUAGUCCUAUACCUUUAACAUCACAACAAGCUACAUGGGUUACAUCCAUUUUCACCAUGGGUGCAGCUGUGGGUGCAGUGUUUUGUACUUAUAUUAUAAAUAUAAUUGGUAGGAAAUUGACUCUACUUUUCACUGCGAUACCAAUGAUAAUAGGAUGGAUGAUGAUUGCUUUUGCAACGUCAGCAUGGGAAUUGAUUGUCGGUAGAUUCUUUUGCGGAAUAAGUAACGGAAUUGGAUAUAUGUCUGCCACUAUAUAUAUAGGUGAAAUUUCACCGGCUAAAAUAAGAGGAAUAUUAACUUCAUCAUUGACUGUAGCUGUAAAAUUUGGUAUAUUGAUUGAAUGGCUGAUAGGACCGUUUCUCUCUUUGAGAGAUCUCGCACUUGUAUCAUCAUCAAUACCAAUUCUCUUCUCGGUGAUUUCAAUAUCAUUACCGGAAUCUCCAUAUCAUUUAAUGCGUCAUGGGAAAUAUCAGGAAGGGAUUACAUCUCUUAUGCAUUUAAGAGGAACUACGGAUGUUUCUAAAGAAGCUGAGAUUAUCGAGAAAUAUAUAAAAAUUGAUUUGGCUAAUAAUACUGGAUUGUGGGAAUUAAUCAGCAUCUCAGGAAAUCGGAAAGCGUUAAUAGUUGUACUGGGUUUAAUCGCGAUUCAACAAUGGAGUGGCAGUAUGGCGAUACUUUCGUAUGCCGAAAUAAUUUUCAAUGAGACGAAAAAUGAAUUAGAAGGCAAAUACUUAACUAUGAUAUUGGGUGGUAUCCAAAUAAUAUGUGCGGCGAUCAGUGCAUCUGUGGUGGAUCGGUACAAUAGAAGGGCUUUACUCAUAUUUUCAGCAUCGGGCGUUUUCAUUUCCACUUUCCUUAUUGGUUUAUCUUUUUUCCUUCGGGAAAUGCAAUUAGACAGUGGGAUCAUUUGGUUACCAGCUAUUGGAACGAUAUUUUACAUUAUCAUGUAUGCCUUCGGCUUGGCUGCACUUCCAUUCACCAUGAUGAGCGAAGUUUUUCCUACGAAUGUUAAAGCGCUUGGCAGUACAAUUGGAAUGUUAUGCUCUUAUUUUUGUUCUACUACCGUAACUCUCUUUUAUCAACCUAUUGCUAUUCAGUAUGGGACAUAUAUCGCGUUUUGGUUCUUUUCUUUCACCACUAUCGUGGGUAUCAUUUUUAUAUAUUAUUGCGUGCCCGAAACGAGGAGAAAAACAUUGCAAGAGAUACAGGAUCAAUUGCAUGGAUAUAAAUUAAAAAAUGCUAUAAAACAUGUCAAUUAUUCGUUUGCAAGUUAUAGUACCAAUAAUUGUUCCGAUAAGACAGUGUGUUUAGCUCAACUCAACGGUGGUCUAUUUUUGGGAUGGACGUCCCCAAUGAUAAUCGAUGGUCUUCCCUUUGAAAUCACUACGAGCGAGGCUUCCUGGCUAAUGUCAAUGUUCAAAUUAGGAAUGUCAUUCGGAUGUUUCGUUUCGAUAUUCAUCGCUGACUUUAUAGGCAGAAAAAUUUCAAUAUUACUAGCCAUCAUUCCUACAUGCUUAAGUUGGUUACUAAUAGUAUGGAAUUCAACGACAAUGAAUUUGUACAUCGCACGUUUCAUAGGCGGUAUAGCCAACGGUAUAAUUUUCACGAGUGGCUCUAUGUUUGUGACAGAGAUCUCUCCUACGUACAUUCGCGGUGCCUUGUGCAGUUGCUUCAUAUUAAUGGAUUAUUGCGGUAACCUUUUGGGCUAUGUAAUCGGCUCGCUUGGCACUGUGCAACAAUAUUCUUAUGUGGCGUUGUCGUUGGCAAUGUUGCAAUUUGUAAUGUUUAUCUGGUUUCCGGAAACGCCUUAUUAUUUGUUACGCCAAAAAAAAUUCGAGGCAGCUAUGGAUUCUUUGAUAUUCUUACGUGAUUCGGCUGAUGUUAGCGAGGAAAUGGAUUCGAUCAUGGUAUGGGAUGUUGGUAAUAAAGGAACUUUAUCUUCCAUCUUCAAUCUAAUAUCUCAAUCAGGUGGCAAAAAGAUAAUCUUCAUCAGUAUUGGUGUAAUGAUGCUGCAAGCAUUCUCAGGCUCGAUCAUUCUUAUUGGCUAUCAAACGAUCUUCGAGAAUUAUAACGGAGAAUUGCAAGAAGCUUAUACCAGCAUCGUUUUAAUAACGAUGCAUCUGAUCUCAUCUUUAGUGUGUAUCAGUUUAGUGGAUCGUUUAGGAAGAAGACCUUUGAUGAUUAUAUCCACAGUAGGCGUUUCCAGUUUCAGUUUUUUAUUAGGUAUUUAUUUUUAUGUGCAGGAAAACUCUAUAUAUACUAUGGAUCUACAAAUGUUACCUUUGAUAGCGAUAUUAUUUUACGUUAUGAGCAUCUCGUUGGGAUUGGCCAUUCUGCCUUACGUUAUUAUAAACGAAAUAUUUCCGAUAUACGCGAAAGUAACGUGUGUCAGCUUUUGUUUCUACGUAAACUUCAUGUGGUCGUUCAUUAUGUUGCGUGUCUGGAAUGUCGUCGUGUUAGAAUAUAAUGCAUAUUCUGUUGCAUUCUUAUGCAUCUCUGCCCUAAACGUGUUUAGUAUUUUAUACCUAGUAUUUUAUUUACCAGAGACGAAAAGAAAAUCGUUUUCGCAAAUUAGAAAGAAUUUCAUCGAAGAGUGAACAAGUGAUUAACGAAAGAGAACAUAUCAAAUUAAGCAUUUUGUAGAUUUAUAAUUAAUUAUAUAAAUUGUUACAAGCUUAAGAAAAUAAGAGUACUACUGAUUUAAAAACCACAUAAAUUAUUUUAUUGAAAACGUUAGAACAGCCUUUCAAAUGUCCACAUCGGACUUCUAUAUAAACAGGUACUAACACGAUGAAAUUUACAAUAAUAUGUACAUUUAUAUCAAUAUUGAGUAAGAAACGCACUUAUUUUUUUCAUUAUUCUUUUUUUUUGUAAAUAUUCGGACAUUACAACUUGUAAUAGAAACCAAGGGGCAAGCGUUAAAUCGACGGAAUACGAAAUGGAUGAUUUUUAAAAAAUUGCAUUAUAAAACAAGAGAAUAUUCUCUUUUCUCCCGAAAAUAUACAUUUGUCUAAAAAUUUAUAAUACAAAAAUACAAUUGAUCAACUUCAUACAUUAGUCAAGUCAAUUUUAUAUAUCUGUUUGAUAUAUUCUUGUAUUCUUUUGCAAGCAUUGGCAUGUUCAUCUAAAAUUCAUUUCGUAACAGAGAAUUAAGCUAUUGUUUCUCUUGAAAUAGUUGAUGUGUUAUCGAAGCGUCCAUCUUCAAUUGGAAGAUCAAUGUUCAUUAUAACGGUAAUAGAAUGAUGUCAAUAUUGAUCGACGGUUGUGCAAACGUUUAUCGUUACAUUCGAUUUGAUCGCCUUUGACCAUUCUAUACACUAUGGCUAACACAAUAAUCCAAAGAACAUAUGUUAGCGUUUCAAUUCAUUCUCGUGUGGCAUUAAGCCAUCAAUCUCACGUUAUUAUUCUUUGCAUAAAACACAAAGGACGAAUGACAGUUUCUCACGAGAUAAUUAUCUCAUCAUUGGACAAUUCCAAUCAAUUUAUCCAAACGUACGAAUUUAUCCUAUUACGAAUUUACACGAAUAAUUUAUAAUAAACAAGAGAAACACGAAGAACCCGUUAAAGAAUCGAAUCGAGACAUAAUUUGAAACUCGCAAAGUUGGUAAGUCUAUUAAAUCAGUGAUACGAAUUGACCAUCGCUUUGAACGAACUAGCGCAUUGAUGGUCUUAAUUCUCUUAUCUCACACACAGACCAACUUUGAGAACAUUCCUUACGUAAGAUAAAUUAUUCAUUGGCGAUGUUGAACCAUUCGCAAGUAGAAAGUACCAGCAAUAAAAUGGCAAUAAGAAAAUCUUGCCAUUAAGAGUUCACAGUCGGUUACAAAGAUAGAUUCUGGACACUUCGGGUAUCUUGGCUAUUGCUGGUUUUCUGAGAUUGAAGAACUUGAUCGAUCGUCAUAGUUUCCUCGAAUUUCAACGAGGAUGAUGACGUCGUGUAUUCGUUCUCUGGUUCCAUUUUAAGCACCAACACCGUGAUUGGAACUUCUGAAACAUAUAUACACAUAGGCACGAACACAGCGAGAAUGCGAUGUUUCGAAAUUGUUGAUUUGUUUAGCGUGAGAGUGAAAGGGUUAAGUGUUAGUAAUACGAGACGCAGACAGGAAAGCGUAAAAGCACACGUUACACGCGGACACAUAAUUUCAAGAUCAAAGGCAUUUCCAAUGGAAUUUUGUCCCCAUAAGUGGUAAAGCGAGUUUUGCUGAUGUCAACAUACACGUAUUCAUAUAUUUAAGUAACAAUUCAAACGUUUCAUAGCCCCACAUUCGCUCGAAAUAACUAGUCUACUCUUCGAUCGAUUUGUAUCAAUACGAAUUUAGUUAAUGAUAUAGUUGUCUGAUCAAUUCCAGAUAAUGCUACGUAAAUUGAAAAUUCCAUACCACGUGCCAUUGUAUCUCUGAAGUUUAUUUCUAUCAUUAUCGGAUCGUUUGCAUCGUCAUCCAAUCUAAUUUUUCUUACCUAUUAUAUUUGGCGUAAUUUGGCGUCUUUGCAUUAAUAAUAAUGAUUUUGCAACAUCGUUUACUUUAUACUAUUGAAAGGGAACAGUAAAAAAGCAUCGAUAACUUCAAAGUUAUAUCAAAGAUGUACGCGUGAAAGAUGAAACAAAAUAAUUAAUCAAAAGUUAAUUAUUAAAACGAUUAUUUAAAAAAAAGAGAGAUAUUGCAGGAUUUCUUUAUAGAUAAAUUGUAAAUUUAUUUUAGAAAGAUACAAAAUUAAUUUUUAAAACAACAACAAUGCAAUGAUAUAUAACGUUUUAAAUAAUAUAAAAUCGUUCGAAUAAGUCCAAUUAAAUUUA